CAGCAGCUUAGAGGCAAUGUCCACUUGCCAGCAUAACUAGCGUGACUGGAGUUAUUUUGGACUUAUUAUUAUGGACAUUUUCUCAUGAUACACUCCUGUUAAAGCAACAAGAAUGGCUGUUUCGGGGGUUGGUAGAAUCCUGUGGGCAUCAGGAAUAGUUUUCGUGAUUUUACCUCACUUAAAUCUGGGAUUGUUGUCUGACUACAAGAUCUGUGGAGACUCUGAGUGUGAAAGCCUGAUGAGCAGGGUGCAGGCCAUCAGGGACCACCACGGUAAGGACUGCCGUUUCCUGAGCUUCAGACAGGGAGACACUAUCUUUGUUUACCACAAACUGACCGGAAAGAGGGAAGACCUCUGGGCAGGCAGUAUUGACAGAAAAUUUGGUUAUUUUCCAAAGGAUGCAGUGCAAGAGGAGCAGGUUUAUGCUACUGCAGAGGAAGUAGUGGACACACAGAAAUCUGAUUUCUUCUGUAUGGAUGAGUUUGGUUAUCCCAUUGACUCCAGUCAUCUAGACAGUGAGGAUGAUGAUGGUCAUGAUCAGAAAAUCAAAAACCAGGAGUUAGAAGCGACUGAAAGCAUCUCCUUCCAUGAUGACACAAAUCCUGAAAGUCCUUCAAAUACUGGAGAUGUCUCGACAGAAUCUCUAGUUCCAGCACAGGAAGCUGACGGGACAUCAACAGAAGAGAACGAAGACAAAAAUGUUGCGGGGACUUUGGAGGAUACGCAGGAGACUGCUGCAACUCUAAACGAACAAGGUGGGUCUGCUCCCUCUUCCUGGCUCGGUUCUUCAAUGACAGGAUGGUUAAGUCUGUCUACAGAGGAAGAAGAGAAAAAAGAUGAGGGAAAAGAGAUGCAGAAUCAAGCUUCUGUGGCUUCUUCAGUGACAGGAUGGCUGGGGUUGGGAGGACAAGAACAACCUGAUGAUGCUGUGAAAAGUAGAGAAGAAGACACGGAAACUGCUGAGUCUCUCACUGCCACCAUGACUGGGUGGCUCGGCUUUGGGGGCGAGAAAAAAACAGAUCAAAAUGAAGAAGGAGAAAACAACGAAGAACCAGCAGAGACAUUCAGGAGUAGGAGAAUGUCUUUAGACCUUGAGGGAAGCCAAUUACAUGAAGAGGAGAAGAAAGAGACAGGGACAUUGGGUUGGCUAGGAAAUGGACUGUCAAGCACAUUAGGGUUUGGGAUGACCAAUGAGGAGUCAGGACACGAGACAACAUCUGAAAAAGAGACCACAGAGACAAUCCAGGAAGAGGAAGGCCAGCCAGCAUCUGGUUCUUGGUUCGAUGUGGGUUUCAGGGACAUUAUAGGCUUCAGGAAAGACAAGAGUGAAGAUAAUGAGAGUACAGGAAGUGGUUUUAAGGAGACAGAAGAGGACAAAAGUUCACAGAAUGUGGAUACCAGUCAGCCCCUACCUGCACUAACAGAGGAGGUAAGAAAAGAAACUGAAACAAAGAUGGAAGAAACUCUAAAAGACCAAGACAUCACAACAUCAGAGAUCAGAGUCAGUGCUGACAGUGAUAAUAAUGAUAUAGGUACUUCAGAUAGUAGCAAGGAUGGUGAAGAUUAUGUUUCAGAUUAUCACAGGAAAGAGAAAAGCAUUGAAGAUAGGGAAACAUCCGCAGAAAUGGAGGAUAAUCAGAUGGUCAAAUCACUAGAAAGUGAGGGUGAGGAUAAUCAGAGAGAGGCAGGAGAAGAAGACAUUAAAACAGAAAGUGACACUGAUCGGGAUUUCUUGACACAAUCUGACAUCGAUUUAGGUCAUGGCGUCCAUGUGUCCAUGAGACAAUCUGUGGACGAGGUAGGGGACAAAACAGAGGAUUUGGUUGAUGAGGAGAGCAGAGGAGGAGAAGAAUCCACAACUGGUGCUAGUAGUGAUGAUCGUGAAGGUGAAGGGAACAAUGCAAGGACAGAAAUAUUCACGACUCAGACUCGUGAUUCAGCAGAACAAGGUCAGAUCAGUGGUGGUGGGGGGGAAGGUCAGUUUUUGUUGUCAUCAGGCACAGCAGAGACUGAGACUGAGGAAGUGGAGGGGUCAAAAGAAGAGGACAAGCAGGGGGAGAUAGAACAGGGAAAGGAAGAGGAGAAGGAGCACAAAGUGGAUGAGAUACAGGAAGAGGAGAAGGAGCACAAAGUGGAUGAGAUACAGGAAGAGGAGAAGGAGCACAAAGUGGAUGAGAUACAGGAAGAGGAGAAGCAACACAAAGUGGAUGAUAUACAGGAAGAGGAGAAGCAGCAGAGAGUUGAGGAGGAAAAGCAUGAAGAGGUAGAAGAAGGAAAGGAAGAUGAGAUGCAACAGGAAGUGAAGGAGAUACAGGGAGAGGGGAAUCAGGAGGAGGUAAAGUUAGAUGAAAAUAUGAAACAGGAGGAUUUGGAGGUGAUAAAAGAAGUGAACAACCAGGAGACGAAGGGGGAAGAGCAAAAGCGAGGGGAGAAAGAAGAGGGAAAGGAAGAGGAAAUGCAACAGGAAGUGAAGGAGAUAGGGGAAGAAGGGAGUCAGGAGGAGGUAAAAAAGAUAAAAGAGGAGAGAGAGCAGGAGAUAAAAGAAGAGGACAACCAGGUGAAAAAUGGGGAGUUAGAGGAAGAGGAGGAGCAGAGGGACGAGAAGGAGUUAAAUGAAGAGGAGAAUGAGUAUGAGAUGGAGAAGAUGAAACAGGAACAAUUAAAGGAAGAAGAGAAACAGGAGGAAGUGAAGGAGAUAAAGAAGGAGGAGCAACACACCAUCAAAGAGUUAAAAGAGGAAAAGGAGGAGGGGGUGAAAGAUGUGGAAGCGGAAGGUGUAGAGGAACAUGAGAAGAAAGACAGCAAAGGAAAGGUCGAGAUAGAAAACAGUUUUCACUCUUUAGCUCAAACUGAGAAAGACAUGGCCACACCAGAGUCAGAAAGCAACAAGAAAGAGACACAAGAUGAGAACAGCUUGGAAUCUGUGUCCUGUGAAAUGUCCACACAGACUCGAACAAGACAGACAGAAAACCCACAAAUGGAAGAAAAAAAGAAAGAGGAAGAAAAGGUCAUAGAUGAAACACAAGACAAGGAGGUUGAGGGGAAGCAGGAGACUGGGAAUGUGGAGGGUGAGAGGAGGGACAAAGAGUUAGAGGGGAGCCUUGAAUGUACAAAUGAGUCUUGUCCUCAAGCUAGUGAAGACGGAUUUGUGAGGGAGGGAAAUGAUUCUGUGAAUAAACUGGGCUCAAUAGAUGAAGGGACAAUGAAGAUAGGAGAGCAAACAUUUAUAGCAAAUGAGAUGAGUGAGAAGCUACCAGUUAAGGAGGAGGAAGAAAGGGAUGAUGCUCAGGCAGAUGAGGGAGGAGAAGAGCAGGGUGAGAAGGGAGAAGAUGAUCUGUUUUAUUUAGGUGAAGGUGGCCAAGAGAUGCUUCAUGAUCAACUUUUAUUUGACCAGACAGCUGAGAAAAAAGAUGAUGGACUGUAUUCCAGUGAGGCAAACAAAAAUGAGCUUUCUGAAGACACUGAAACGAGCAUCGACGGGAUCUCUAUGGAGCAAAUAAACUCCAAUCAUAAGAUAGACACAGAGGAGGACACUGAGAUGAAAGAGAGGGAGAUCAACAUGAAAGAUCAUAAAACUGAUGGUUCUAAAUUCAGGACAGAGGAAGGAUUGGAGGUUCCAGUUUCCUCCAGUGGCCCUGUCGAAACUGAGGGCAUGACACCUGAUAGUGAGAGUAAAGGGACAGCAGAGACAGGAAGCAGAGGAGCAUUCGGCCUUUUUAAAAACGCCUUUAGCUUUUUCACCCAAACACCUGUCGCCGACACUGAUGGAGCUGCGGAAUCUGAGAACACAGAUGAGACAUCUGUGGCACAAGCCUCUCUCACACCUGAACAAGAACUGGAUUCAACCACUGAUUCUAGUCAGGAUUACGUGCACACAGACCCUCCCACCACUGUGUCACAACAGCAGCUGCAGCCUUCCUUUACAGAGACACCAUCUCCGUCGCCAACUCAGAACCAGUCUCAUCCCACAGAAACAAAAACCCUCUCCAAGCAUUACAAGAACCUCCUCGCCUAUAUGAGCGCAGAUGAGACAACUGUCUUGAGUGAGCUGUUUGGGCGACACAAGCUGCAGUUUUUGGAUUUCAUUUUAGGUAGUUCAGAAACCAUGACUGAUGACCCCGAUAGUGAUGAAUCCAUAUUGUUAGAUAUAGAAAGACUUCUGCAUUAUCACAGAGACACACUGGUAGCUCCUAGCAUGAGGCUCCAGGACGCACCACAGGAGGAUAAAGAAAAGACCAGAGCGCUCAUCGCACUUCAAAAGCUAGAAAUGCUGUUGGCCAGAGUGAGAGAGACUUUCAGCAUGGGUAGCACAAACCAUCAAGCUGAGGCCAGCUGUGAUGGUGAAUCCUGUCCAACUCACAGCAAAGAUGAGGAAGUGGAAGAGUGGAGUAAGAUGAGAGAUUCCUCUGUACGUCUGGAUAACAAAGCUCCAAGAAAUCAAUGGACUCAGGUGGAUAAAGAGAAAGAUGGACGAUUGAGUGGAGGGACAGGAAAAGAGAGGCAAACUGAGGAUGAGAAGAAAGGAGAGGAGGGGAAAAGAAGUGAAGAGGGGUCUAGUCCUCAAGGGGUAAUGAAGACAAUUCUGGACUUACUUCAUCAGAUCGCUGAAGACUCAACUACUCAUGUUGAUGCAGUGAGGGAGCUGCUCACAUGGCUGACUGUACAGGUUGUGUCGUCACUGCCAGAUGACAUCAGACCUGGGCCAGACCUGUACGGGGUGCCAUGGGAACCAGUCAUCGUCUCUAGUCUAGUGGGGCUGGUGACAGUGUUGUUGUUCACAUGUAGAUGCUACAGCUCUGUCAAAAGCAGAAUGUAUCGAAGUAAGGAGCGGUGGAUGGCUGAGCAGGUUACACAGCUCCUGGAUGAGAAGUGUAAAGUCCUUGAGACUCUCAGCAAAUGUCAACAAGAGCAUGAUGACCUGGAGAGCUCACUGAGGGACAGUGGUGUUUUGGCCCAAACUCAAAAGACAGAACAGCUGGAGGUCAAAGCCAGACAGUUGGGUCAUGCUAAAAGAGAACUAGAGAGGGAUCUGGAACAACUGAAGGAUCAACUGGACCAGCAGAGAGAGCACAGAACAGAGCAAGAAAGGAGGAUAGCAGCGCUUGAAGAGAGCAUGAAAACUACAGAAGAAGAAACCAAAGACCUCCAAUCACAGGAAGAGCAGGCACAAACCAGUCUGAAAGUGUACAAUAUGAACAGCGACAGACUACAGAGGAAUCUGGAAACAGCUGGAGAGGAGAACACACUGCUACAGGAGAGUAAUGCUCAGCUGAGGCAGCAGGUGGAGGGAUGGGCAGAAAGAGUGAGUGAGUUGGAGGCUGAGAUGAGCAGGUAUGAGGCCGCCCACAGCGGGAUGCUGCAGGAUGUGGCCAACAAGGAUGAGCGUAUAAUGUCCUUGACAGAUCGGCUGCUGAGGAUGAAAGGUUGGGAUUCAGACCUGGAGGAAGAGGAAGGUGAGGGAGAAGGAGAGAAGGAAACGUCCAAUGGUACGUCAGGAAGAGGAGAGGAGAACGGAAGAGGAGACAUUAUGGACACACAAGGCCAUCUCCAAAAAGUCCAGAAACUUAUCUAUGCUGCUAAGCUGAAUGCAGACCUCAAAGCAGUAGAUGAAGACAAGGACAGGUUAUUUGCCAAACUGAACGAUGAAGUCAAAGCUAAAGACGACCUGCAAGUGGGCAUUAAGGAGCUGGAAAAAGAGAAAUUAUUUCUGCAGUCAGACACUGAAAGUUAUUCAGAUCAGGUCCAAAGAUUACAACAGAAACUCCAGAUUAUGACAGAAAUGUACCAGGAGAAUGAGCUCAAGCUACACAGGCUGCUGACAGUGGAGGAGAAGGAGCGCAUGCAGAAAGAAGAGAAGUUAAGCAAAGCAGACAAAAACAUUGCGUUGGCCAUGGAAGAACUCUGCAACUACAGGCAACGAGCGGGAGAGAUGGAGGAAGAGCUGGACAAAACCAAACAGUCUUACCAGACUCAAAUAUCAGCACAUGAGAAGAAAGCUCACAAUAAUUGGCUGGCAGCCCGAGCAGCAGACAGAGAGCUAGCAGACAUCAGGAGAGAGAACGCCCUCCUCAGACAGAAGCUGACAGACACGCAGUUCAAACUUGACGCCCUCGACAAAGAUCCCUAUGCCCUGAACAGCCUGGCCAGACCACUGCCUUUCAGAGCUGAAAGGUCCCCAUAUGGUCCAUCUCCUCUGGGUCGACCUGCAUCUGAAACCAGAGCUUUUCUGUCUCCUCCUACAUUAAUGGAUGGACCACCUGCAAGACUGUCUCCUAGAGUGCCUCGUGGUCCAGUGGAGUCCCCAGGUGGCCAAGGAGAGAUAGAGCGGAGUGGAGGUCCCCAUUCAGACAGCGGCUCAAUCUCUCCAACAUGGGAGAGAGAUCGCAGGGGCCCGCCACCAGGACCCCCUGGGCCAACAGGGCCCCUCGGACCUCCGGGGCCCCUCGGACCUCCAGGUUAUAUGUUCCCAGAACCAGGAGGUCCGAUGUACAGGAGACCUCCUCCUCCUCCAGGAGCUCUGGGCCUUUUGCCUCCUCCUGGCUCUCUCCCACCCGGCCCUCUCCAUCCUAGGGGUCUCCCCCCGGGACCCCUUCCUCACCCUGCAAACAUGCCAGAUGGCUCUUUCAGAGAAAACAGCCAUGGGCCCGGUGAACAGGAUCAUAGAGAGUCUGGUCCUGGUGAUCGAAGGACUCCCCCUGAAGCUGAUCCAAGGAUGGGGGGUGCACCCCCCCCUGGACCCCCGAUGGGUCCAAUGAACCCCAUGGACGGUCCCUUUCCUCGCAGAGCCCCCUAUGGUCCACCACCUCCUGAUUACUUCCCUCCCAGGGGUCCUGGGGGCCCUCCCAUGAGGCCUAUGUGGGCCCCUCCACCUCCAGGCAUGAUGUUCCCUCCUCGUUUCCCUCCCGGUGGAGCUCCUCUUCCUCCCGCUCCUCAUCCUCACUACGCUCCCCCCAUGCGGCCCCCUCUACCCGACAGCCACCCACAUCCUUCCCUGGGUCCUCCCCUCCCUCCUCAGCAGUCCCUCCCCUCCCCUCCUCACAGCCAGUCGCCGGAGGAGCACACAGUCUCACCUGAGGAUGCCAUUUGAGCCUCAUCAUGUUUUCCACUUGAAAUGACGUGUUUCUGGUUAAAAUUAAACUCAGCGGGAAAUGGAUAGCUUGACAGGUCGCUAUUUUCUGUCAUUCUUUUCCUUAACAUCUACAUAUUAACCAGGAGGAUGUGUUAAUGAAGGGUGUUCACCAAAGGGGAAACCUUCAGCCCACUUUGUUGCUGUCUGCUUCUGCUCCGUCUUUCUGCUCUGUUCUCAUCCUUUCUUGCCUUUUUUUCUUUCUCUUACUCUACCCUAUCAUCAUCCAGCUCCAGUCCCCGUGAAGUAGUUGUUGUGGAGGCACAGUGAUGGAGGUUAUGUUCUGUUGUGUAAUUUCACAGGCAGCUUAAUCUGUACGUGUGUGGGAAUGUUGCCAUGAGAGCCACAAACAGUAGCUUGUUUGCUUGACAGGAAGGUUUUUAAUGGCACUUAGGUUGGAAUGUGUGCAUGUAGAAAUGUUUUAUUUUGCAGAGAAUGGAUUGUUUACGUAUAGCAUCAGUCAGCAAUAUGUCCCAAUGGCACACAAAAUCAGAAAUUUAAAUGCUUUGAAGGCCUAUAACAUAUUUUAAUAUACCAACUCUCUUCCCCUUGUCAGAAUUUAUAAAUUUAGCCAUUUAGCAUUUGUGCUGUUGACCUGAAAAUCGACGACACUUCAAAAUCAAAUUACAUCAGGUUUGGUUUUGACUGAAAUCACCUGAUCUUAAAUUAUUAUUAUUAUUAUUCCCCAGAGGUAAAAUGAGAUAGUUUCUUAAAAUAUCAUUAAAGUGCAAAACUGAAUUAUUUCACUGGCUUCUCUGUGGGAUUUUGCCUUCAUCAACAAAGCAGCAGUGGAGAAGCGAUGCUAUUAAUUAUGUUACAGUGACUUGCAUGUGGCCUAAGUUUGAAAUAAGUGGCUGGCAGUAGCCGCUUGUAUUUUGUGGAAGUAAGCUGUGAUUCAUCGUGUCGGUCGCACAGCGGAGUUCAAGGGACUGACUGGAAGAGAGGCUUCACAGCCAAAAAGAUGACACCCAUGUGAAUUUUGUAAAAAGUGAUUAUUAAUAGAUAAAUAAAGAUGGUCAAAUUGU